GUUACAACUAUACACUACAAAAAAAAACAUACCAACCCCAAAGCAUAAACGACAUCGACCAUGUGGAGCAUAAGGCACAAGAAUUGGUUCUUCACGGUGGCCUUUGGUUGUUGGUGCUUCCAUCUCGUCAAGGCACAGCAGAGCAAGCAUAUUGACACACCGGAAGUGCUUCUCUGCGACGAGCUGUGCGAAUUCAGUGCAUGGGCAAUGCAUGCCUACUGCGGAGAGCGCAUGCUCGGUGACCUUCCCCUCCAGUGCCGAGAGGUAAAGACCCUUGAUGUGCGAUUGAACGAUAUCCACAGUCUGAGGAGUGGUCGUUUGUCAGAGUUUGAGAAUCUUAAGUACCUGUUCUUGGUCGGGAACAACAUGUCAGAAGUUCAGGAUGGUGCCUUUGAAGGGUGUGAAGGGAUCGAGUUUCUGUCCUGGGGAGGAAAUAAUUUUACAAGGCUUACUCGAAGCAAGUUUGUUGGGUUGGCAAAUUUGAAACACAUGCUGAUGGAAAAUUCCAACAUCAGAGAAAUCGAGACGGAAGCUUUCAUAGAAACGCCACUCCUGAAGACGUUAGAUCUGUCUGGAAAUACAUUGAUCUCACCGCCCUGCGAUGUACUUCAUCCGCAGAAUGUGCUCACUGACUUGUCCCUAUCUGAUAACUUUAUCUCGAUCCUACCUGAACGGUGUUUCUCGAGGUUUCAGCAUCUGAAACGUCUGAAAUUUAGCAAUAAUCCAAUACGUCUCAUCACGAACCUGUCUGCGUUCGAAGGUCUACAUUCUUUGGAAAAGUUGGAGAUGGACAACACGUCGCUGACUUCGCUACCAGUCGGAUCUUUCCGCCAUAUCCAUACUGUGACUGAAUUUGUACUCUCAAGAAACCUGAUCGAAUUCCUGAAGGAGCGAGACUUUGCCACAUUGCCAGAAGUGGAGGUUCUGCGUCUUGACCACAACCAUAUCCACGCGAUCCACUCGCAAACCUUCGUCGAUCUUCAGAGAUUACGGCUCCUCGUCAUAUCCAACAAUAAAAUCAUGUCGAUUGGACUCCACACUUUUAUUCCUGUAGAGACUACUCUAGAAGAACUUUAUCUGGAUGGUAACAAGCUGCGAUCCAUCCAGAACAUCAGUGACAGCAGCAUCCGUUCCUUGAAAAAGCUAUCACUGGCGAGGAACCCUCUGGAAUGCAAUUGCCAUCUUUCCACGUUCUGCCAUUCUACUUCCGGGAUGAUACAAGGUGGCGCCAACGUCACUUGCAGAAUGUCUAAUGGAGUCGAGGUAAACAUCUUUGAAACAAACUUUACAGCCACCCCAUGUCCUAAGGCAAAACCAGGACAUGUCAAUCCUCUGGAAAGGAUAGGGGUCACCAACAAACCUAUAGUGCCCUUUUAUGGUGAAACAACGGAACAACUGGAAACCAACGAAUUGUCGACAUCACGACAGAAUAUUUUUUACGUCCUUAUUUUUCUCAUGGUCUUGACUGUAAUGUUAGGGUGUGCCCUCCUCGUAUGGUGGAUCUUACGGGUGAAAAUGAGGAAGAACAGAAAAUAUAGCAAGCCGGUUGAAGACAACUAUAAUGUAAAGGACACAUCUGACAAUUACGAUGUCAUUUAAAUGUCCCUUGCUGGGAAACUUCAAAAUGAGCUACAAGCCUUGCUUCUCAGUGGAUCACUCCAUUUCGAGUUUUUCCUUUUAAAAAACAUACGUAAUUUUACAGAUAAUGUACAGAAUUUUCGUUUUGUAAUUCUUGUAAUGCAUUACAAAAUGCCCGCGUCACACUGUCCCGAAGUUGACACCAGAUGGACACACGAAUAUGGAAUUUUGAAUUUCGCACGAAGAUGGCCCCGAACUUGGUCAACAGCCAAUCAACAGUCGAAGCAAGUUAGAUGCCUAAAGAAGGUUACUCAGUGCACCCGAACCACACACGAAUGCAACACGAAGAUGUGAAUUUGUAUUAAUUAUUUUACCCGCAGGCCACACGGAGGCCACACGAUGGAUACACGACGUCGAAUUGAGAGUACGAUGCUUUCGAACUAGGUCACGAAGGCGUCACAUAAACUCCCGAUGGUAUAAAACCUUCAACCGACGUUGGGAAAUUCAAUUGCUGAUCGGAGAUUAAUGAUGCUCUGAGCAGGCCUGGGCGUCGGAACGACUUUCAAAGUGGGGCGGGACCAACAAAAAAGGGGCACUUUCUGGAGAAAAAAAUGGAACCUACAAAGGGAACUCUCAAAGC